GCUUGGUGCACCACUUCUGUCAGCAGGGCCCGGUGCUCACCUGCGGCCGUCGCCUCGAGAGCUUGCGCCAGACGAAGGACACGGCGCCAACGGCGCAGGCAAUCUCCAUCGUGGCAUGUGAUAUCGCUUCAGCUGAGGGCCGCCAACAGCUCCUGGAAGCCUUGCCUUCUGAGGCGCCUGUGCGCCUGUUGGUGCAAAACGCUGCCAUCGGAGACCCUGCAGCGUUUGAGCAGCUGGAUCUCAAGCAUUUUGAGGAGGCGUUGAAAGUUAAUCUCAUCGCGCCCAUGGCCCUGAUGCAGGGGCUGCUGCCUCAGCUACGUCGUGCCGGCGGCCGUGUGCUGCACUUGGGGACCUCCGUGGCACAUCAUCCGCAGAAAGGGACGGCCACGUAUGGCAUCACCAAAGCCGCCUUCCACCGCCUCUACCAGCAGCUCAACGCUGAAGAGCUGGGGGUGCCAGUGGCAACACUCAGCCCAGGUGCCUGGUGGACAGAGGGCGUGCGUGACCACGUCACCAAAGCACGUCGCUUGGAUCUGCCACAUGUGAACUUCUUCGAUGCGGCGUUUGAGAAGGCGCGGCUGAUGACAACGGCACCGGCGGGCUAUCAAUCCUUCACCGUGCCGGACCCCCCCAAAGAGCUGAGCUCUGAGGGGUAUGAGGAAGGCCUGAAGGAUAGCGUGCAGCAACGUAUCAACAAGAUGAAGGGCAGGUCGAUGAUGUGCCGAGCCUAUGACAACUGGGCCCGCAAGAGCCAAAACAUCCAGAAUUUGGCCACCUUGGAACGUCUCAUCCAGCGAGUGGACUGGUACUGCAACGAGACCAAGAGCGUGCAGGGCAGGGUCUUACCAGCCGCGAUGAUCAUGAGGAUCAGCAUGGUGGAUGCCAUCCGCACUGAAUUUCGCUUCGCUCCACCCUUCGUGGCCGAGCUGCUGCGGCACUUUGAUGGCGAUUUCCUGAAAAAUAUGGAGUGCAUUAAAUUGGUGGGGGCUCAGAAUCAACAAGCUCCCAUCGGACCUGCAGAUCCCAGGACGAACUUCGAAGGUGCUAAGAUGGAGUACCUGCACUGGAAAUUGCGACGGGUAGCGCAUCAGAUCGUCAAUGUUCUGGAGGAAGAAUUCACCUACGCUCGGUGUUUCUUCGGAGAUGACGUGCAGAAGAAAUUUCAAGAACUCUUUCCCCAUGGUGUGAUGCCUCCAGCAAUACCUGGAACUGGAACAACGCUGUCGGAGAUUCUGGGCAUCUCCAAGAUGGGAAUCAGUUGGUCUCCUGAAGAUUCGCAAAUGGGUUCCUGCUUGAGCUGCAGCCCAGAGGGGUACAUUCCACUGAAGGGCGAAGAGGAACAGCCACCAGAGCUGCCUUUUCGGAGUAUUUGGGAAGUUCCCCGGUUGAUCGAGCUGUGUGAUCGGCUGGACAUCAUCGCCUUGCGGAACAAGCUGGGCACCUCCACGUUCGACACCAACAACACGGAGAACAAACUGCUUCUCUGCAGUGAAGUGAAUGAGUCGCAGAAACUGGUCAUUGACUAUGGAUAUUUCCGUGAAGCUGAGAUGCAGUCGGUGAGCAGCAUGCGCCCAAUGAAACCCAUGGUCUCAGAUGAUGUGGUGCCGGCAGUGCCGCCCCCGCAAUCCGUGAGAUUUGCAAGCCCCAGCCAGUCCUUUCAGUCCAUGCCCCCUCCGUCGGGGCCCCCACCGUCUUCGUAUCCACCGGGCCCCAUGAGCAGCAUGGCACCUUUUCCCGUCUCAGUGCCGCCUGGGCCGCCCCCAUUCGCCUCCAUGGGGCCUGGCAGCUUCGUUGGGACAGCACAGAUGUACAAAUCUUCCCCAUGGAAGAUCCUGACGCCACAGACCGAAGGAUCAGAGGAGAGGAAAAGCCAGGUGGUCCUGGAGGUCUGUGUCAAGGAAGUGAAGUUCCUUCCAACUUUGAUCCAGACGAAGAUCGCCAUAGCGUACCACGCCAAUGGAGAGGAUGAGAUCCCGUUGCCAGUACUUCAGUUCCAGCUGGUGGGCGCUGUGGGCCCACCCGUGACCAUCACACCGGAAUCCUUCUCUCCACCUCUGCGACCAGGAGACGAUCCACGAAGUAGAGAAAUCGCUUGGACGGUGUUCCCCAAUCGAGGAGAGCCAUCGGGCUUUGGAGAGAUCUCAGCAAGAAACCCGAUCGACUUCAUUCAGCCUUUCACCUUGCGAUGUUCCAUGGUGGGAGAUUCAGCACUGGUCAAGGAAUUGAGUUUCCACAUCGCCGUUCCAGAGCGUUGCAGACAGGAGGAUUGGCUGCAGGUUCAGGCGUCGAUCCCCGUGAUGUCGGCAUACCUCCCAGCGCUACGGGAGGAACUGAAAAUGUAUCUCCACGAGGUGCCGCGGACGCUGUUCUUCAGCACGUUGCCUUCCUUCGCCAUGUCGCUCAGUCAGCUCCGCACCGUGUUACUCGCGGACAUCGAUUCGGGCACAACGAUGCAAAGUCGUUUGUUGGCAGCAUUUGCGUCUGGAGUCUUCGCAUUAGCGUCCUUGAGCUUCAACUUUUUGAUGGCACAAAGAGGCCGCGAUUUG